AGCAGGAAAAUCUGGGGUAAAAUGACACAGGUUCUUUCCUGACUACCUCAUUUGCCUUCUCUCCCAGCCAUGCUUCCAGAAUCUUCUGUUCAUUGUCAGCAGCAAGAAAGAAGGAAAAGAUCUCUGAAGGUGGUGUCAUUUGCUGAUGUGGCUGUGGACUUCAGCUGGGAGGAAUGGCAGGACCUAGACAUUGCUCAGAGGACCCUGUAUAGAGAUGUUACGUUGGAGACCUACAGCAACCUGGUGUCCUUGGGGUACUGUGUUCCUAAACCUAAAUUAAUUGUCAAGCUGGAACAAGAACCAUGGAUAGGAGAGGCCUCAGACAAGAAUUUCACAGUAUCUACUUUUACAAAAUGCUUCCAAAGAAAUUGUAACAAGGUCAUCCCAGAGACCAAAAUUCCAGUUGUCUUCACCAUCCAUGUACAGCGACAAGCACAUGAUACUACUGAAGCUGUCUUGAAAGGCUCAAUUGAAAAGAUACGUAAAAGGAAGGAUGAUAUGGUUGAGGGGUUGCUGCUCACUGAAAUGUUUCAGAUGGCUUCAGAAGAAUUAGAAAAUGGUAUGCCCUCCAAUAUAGAUGCUAAGAUACAUGUGUUUCAGGUCCCCCCAGAACAAGUAGAAUAUGAUGUCCUGGAAGGAUCCGUUCAAAAUUCAUCUUGUGAAAGGGAAGAAGAUAUCCUUGAGGAGUUAUUGCUUGCUGAAUUGUUUCAGGUCCCCACAGAACAAGUAGAAUAUGAUUUCUUGGAAAGCUCAGUUACAAAGGGAUCUUCUGAAAGGGAGGAAGAUAUCCUUGAGGAGUUUUUGCUGGCUGAAUUGUUUCAGGUACCUACAGUACAAGUGGAAUAUGAGGACACUGAUAGCUUUGGAGCACCGUCACCACCAGGGGUUGUGAACACCACCCAAAGUCCUGACCCUGAAGAGUCUGCUUUCCAAAGAUCUAAGCAUCCAACAAAGAGAUUCCAGCACUGUGGCAAUCUUGACCCCAAUAGAAAGGGUAGAAGUCAGGAUGGUCAUCUGUCCUCACCAUAA